AUGGAGUCACCAACUAAAGAAAUUGAAGAAUUUGAGAACAACUCUCUGAAAUACCUACAGCCAGAGCAAAUAGAGAAAAUCUGGCUUCGUCUCCGAGGCUUGAGAAAAUAUAAGAAAACAUCACAGAGAUUAUGGUCUUUGUUAAAGCAAUUAGAGAGAGGAGAAGCUUCGGUUGUAGAUCUAAAGAAGAAUUUGGAAUAUGCAGCAACUGUUCUUGAGUCAGUAUACAUUGAUGAAACUAGGCGUUUACUGGACACAGAAGAUGACCUCAGUGAUAUCCAGUCUGACUCUCUGCCCUCAGAGGUCCGUGACUGGUUGGCUUCUACCUUCACACGGCAAAUGGGGAUGAUGCUCAAAAGGACUGAGGAAAAACCCCGCUUCAGGAGUAUUGUCCAUGCAGUGCAAGCUGGGAUAUUUGUGGAAAGAAUGUACAGGCGUACUUCAAAUAUGGUCGGCUUGAGCUACCCACCAGCUGUAAUUGAAGUGCUAAAGAAUGUAGACAAGUGGUCCUUUGAUGUAUUUGCACUAAAUGAUGCCAGUGGAGAUCAUGCACUGAAAUUCAUUUUCUAUGAACUUCUCACACGCUAUGAUCUGAUCAACCAUUUCAAGAUUCCCAUAUCUGCCUUGGUGUCUUUUGUUGAAGCUCUGGAGGUUGGCUACAGUAAACACAAAAAUCCUUAUCACAACCUAAUGCAUGCUGCAGAUGUCUCACAGACAGUCCAUUACCUCCUUUUCAAGACAGGCACUGUGCACUGGCUGACAGAGCUGGAGAUCUUCGCUAUGAUUUUUGCAGCUGCCAUACAUGACUAUGAACACACUGGAACCACCAACAAUUUUCACAUCCAGACAAGGUCAGACUCAGCCAUUCUAUAUAAUGACCGGUCUGUACUUGAAAAUCACCAUGUUAGUGCGGCAUAUCGUCUUUUGCAAGAUGAUGAAGAGAUGAAUAUUUUAUCUAAUCUCUCAAAGGAUGAUUGGAGGGAAUUUAGAGCUCUAGUCAUUGAGAUGGUGUUGGCUACUGAUAUGUCCUGUCACUUCCAGCAAAUUAAAGCUAUGAAGAAUGCUUUGCAGCAACCAGAAGGAAUUGACAAGCCGAAAGCCUUAUCACUGUUAUUACAUACAGCAGAUAUCAGUCAUCCAGCCAAGGCUUGGGAUCUCCAUCAUCGCUGGACCAUGUCUCUGCUAGAGGAGUUCUUCAGGCAGGGUGACAAAGAAGCAGAACUAGGGCUGCCCUUCUCUCCUCUGUGUGAUCGGAAAUCUACUAUGGUUGCUCAGUCUCAAAUAGGUUUCAUUGAUUUCAUUGUGGAACCCACUUUUACUGUGCUGACCGACAUGACAGAGAAAAUUGUGACUCCACUAAUUGAUGAAGCUUCCCUUUCUGGCAUGUCUGGAUUUAGGCGUUCCAGUUUGAAUAGCAUUAGUCCCUCUGAAGUAAAAAGAUCAAGUGUGAAGAGCACUGGGUCUGAAGGAAGUGCCUCACUCAACUGCUCCAUACUCACUGUGGACUUCAAAUGUUUUAAAGCCACCUGGACUGAGGUGGUGCAGCAAAACAGAGAGAAAUGGAAAGCACAAGCCACCAAAGAAGAAAAGGCCAAGAAAGAAGCAGAGGGAAAUGCUUAUCAGGGAACAGAUGAAAAGGAAAGAGAUGAACAGGAUGGGAAGCCAGGUGAAGAUGUCACAGAAAGAAAGACAGAAAAAAGCAAAGAACCAAAUCCUGGGGAAAGCAAAAGGACAGAUUCCAGUAAGAAUCUUGGAAAUGGCACUUGGCAAAGAGGUAUGAGCAAACAUGAAGCCUAUCAAGGGGAAAAUGCAACUAGGACAAAUAAGAAAAUGGAUCACCAUCAUACUCUGGGAGAAGAGAAACAGCAUGUCCAGAAUGGUGAAUUAAAGGAAGACAACAAACUGGACAGAAAAGAAGUGUAG